AUGAGAAGUAUUAUUUCAAGUUCAAUUAUAAAAACUUUGAUUAUAUUAUUUAUAGUACAUACUAUUGGAUCAAAUUCAGACUCAGUAUCAAGACCAACCAAAAAACAAAGGAAAUUUACUGUGCUUAACAACAUAUUCAAGAGAAAAAAUAAGCAAUACUCUAUUGUUUCAAAGGAUGGUUCACUUUUAUUUCCUGCUCUAAAGGCAAUUUCUAACCAGAAUAUUCCAAUUUUGAAAAGUGUUAACAAUUUCGAUAAUAAUUAUGACGAAGAUAUACUUAAUAGAAACCAGGUAUAUAUUAUUAAAAAUGGAGAAGUUCCAGGGUGGGAUGGAAUGAAAAUACCAAUACAUUCUACCAAUGAUUAUUCUAAAUUAAGAUUAAAACCACCUGAAGAAAGUAAAUCUAUUUCCAUUUUCCCACCAGUUGUGAUUGAAAGAUUUAUGUUAUUUACUUUGGAGGAGUGUCUUCUUCCUUCAAAAUUCUUUGUUCAGGUUGCUUUUUGUACGUUUGAUGCAAUCUACCCAUAUUUAGAAGGUGUUCCUUCUGGAGAAAUUAUGCAAGACAUAGUAGGUGCAGCAAUGUAUUCAAUCAAUAAAAUAGAAGGAAAUUUUUCUUUUGAUCUAGAUUACUGCCGUAAUGCAAUUGCAAUGAUUUCGGACCCACGUAUUAAUUCAAAUGCAGAUUCUAAAUGUCACGAUAUCUCUUUAUGUAUGCAUCAAGAUCAUCUUCCCCAAUUAUCACCUUCUUUAAGUAAAUUGAAUUUGAACCAAUUAAUAGAAAAAUCUUUUAUGCUUCAUGGACUUGAAUAUCAACUUAGAAUAAACACUUCUGUUGAAUUUAUUCUUUGGAAAAUAAUUAAAUUCACCCAUAAAUCCAGAAGAUGGAAAAAGUACAGGAAUCCCAACAGACUAUUUACAAUCAUUCGAGCAUAUAUACUUACAUUAUAUGUUAGGCAUUCAAGCCAAAUUAUUCCAGGAUGGUAUUUAAAUCAAUUUCCCCCUCCAAAAAAGUCUCUAUCAUUUGUAUAUGUGAAAAAUGAACAUUAUACAGAUCAAUCUGCUUACAUUAACUAUUGUGCGAAAAAAUUAAAAUGUUGGCUAGAUAUAUUCCAACCAAUUACUUCACCAAUUCUCCCAAAUAUAGACACAAAAUAUGAAGUUUCAAGAUCUGCCUGCUUUCAAGCAGGAAGAGCAGGAUUUGUAAGCAGUGAAGAAUUUGACUUCUCUGAUAUGAUUGAACAAGGCACUGAAAAUGUUGAUUUGUUGAAUCUUCAACUUCCUGUAAUAUUAACCAAAUCAGACAAAGAAAUUAACUAUAUUAGAAAUAACAAUUUAAGAAGAGUCUCGGAAAAUAGAAGGUGGACAAGUUACCAUGAAUCAUAUCCAUACUCAUUCAAUGAGAAAGCCCCUCAAAGUUCGAAUGAUAAUAAUAAAUUUAAUUUACAAAAUUUAGCUCAGGAAAAUCCACCAAAACAAGAAUAUCAAGACGAAGAUAUUUUAUUAGACGAAAUUACUGACUUGGUAAGAAGAAAAAACAAUAAGGAGUUAAAUAGCGAAGAUGCUCAUGUCUCAGAUCCAAAAAGCAAAGAAAUUCACAGUAAAGUUCCUCUUUCUCCCAAAGAAUUUCUAAGUCGAUUAAAGCAAGAUAACUUCAUUUCAAAUUCUCACAAAGAGAAAAUAGACGGUGUUUUAUACAAUCCCAGAAGUAUCAUUGAUAAUCAAUUUAUUCGUCGUGGAAAUGUUUAUUCUUUAAAGAGAAAUGACAAUGAAAAUACUGAAGUCGAAAUAAAUGAUAUUCAAGACGAGGAAGAAGAUAUGGAAAAUGGAGAAGCUCAACAAGAUGGUUUUGAGAACGAAUAUGAUAGUUUAUAG